GGGUUUCUGGCACCACUGCCAUGUAACUCGGACCCUCAUUUUUAAAAGCCAUGGCCCUGGACGAUAAACGCCGCCUAACCGACAAGCUACAGCAACAGCGCGCCCGCGAGCACACGGAAACCGAGUCGAAGCGGCGACGGAUCAUGCUCGACAACACGGUGAAGCACAGCUCGGAGCGGUUCGUCGCGCAGGAAAACUCAGUGGAAAGCAAGCUGAAGCUGUCGACGGUCGGACUAGUGAAGCUCGAGGAAUUCCAGCGCAUCAAGGGCGCAUUGGAGGAGGAGCGGCAGCGCAAGGCCGCCAACACCCUGGUGGAUAGCGAGGCAGCCAGGCCCAAAAAGCAAAAGAAAAAGAAGAUUGCGAAGCUGUCGUUUGGCGACGACUCGGAGGAGGAGGAGGAGGUAAGGAAGAAGGUGGUGAAGAAUCCGGCAGUGGACACGAGCUUUCUGCCGGACGCUGAGCGCGAUGCGGCGGAUGCGCAGGCGCGCGAGCAGCUGAGGCAAAAGUGGCUUUUGGAGCAGGAGAAGAUCAAGGACGAGCCGGUGCUGAUCACGUACAGUUACUGGGACGGCACCGGGCACCGGUUCCAGGUGUUAUGUCGCAAGGGCGACACGAUCCGGCAGUUCCUGGACAAGUGCCGGGGGCAGGUCAAGGAGCUGCAGCAUACGAGCGCCGACGCGCUGGUGUAUGUCAAGGAGGAUCUGAUCAUCCCGCACCGCUACACGUUCUACGACUUUAUUGUGAACAAGGCGCGGGGCAAGUCGGGCCCGCUGUUCAACUUUGACGUGCAUGAGGAUGUACGGCUGGCGAGCGAUGCGCGGGUGGAGCGCGGUGACUCGCAUGCGGGCAAGGUGUGCGAGCGCGCGUGGUACGAGCGCAACAAGCACAUCUUCCCGGCCAACCGGUGGGAGAUGUACGAUCCGGAGCGGGACUACGGCACAUACACAGUCAAGGACACAAGGCGGCGGUGAAAGGGGAGUGUAUUUUGGAAAUAAAAAAGAUUAAGUCUCCAUGGCCUCGGGCUUGUCGGCGACAGGGCCGGUCCACUGGUGCAUAGCGGCGGGAGUCUGGGUGUGCUCGGCCCAGAUGUCGGUGUUCCACUUGGGGAACACGCGCUUGUACAGGUUCAUGCAUACGGUGUCCAUCUGCGUGACCGGGCCGUCGAAGAUACACUUCAUGUAGCCGUGGGUACCCAGGCUCUCGGCGAUGUGGCCCGUGCGGCCGUACUUU